AUGUCUAAUUGGUUAUCUCGAGAAAUUAAACAUAUUUUACCAACAUUUGAUUUGCACGCUAUUCGUACUGUUCUUGUCACGUUCGAUCCAUGGCGUCAUGAUUCACGAGCAACAAGAGACUUCUUACAUAUUAUUACGGAUGAUUCUGUUGCUAAGUAUUACCCAAAAAUGUUUGUUAAACCAACAAUAAAAUCGGACUUGUCGGAGCCAAUUAUUACAGUAGAAUUUAUUGAUGCAUCCAAAGCAAUUUUCAAAGCUUCUAAAUUAACAACAUUAGAUAUAUUCACGAAAUUGAAACCACUAUGCAUUAAUAAAGCUCCACCACCAUAA